AUGGAUCCUCCACGUCGCCACUGGUCAUCCCGGUUGCGGUUAAUGCGGAGCAAAAGAUAUAUUGUGCUCCACACAAAGAUGCGCAAUCGAUUGCAAGGUCAGAUUGUCCGUGUCCGGUACGACCUGCAGACCGUGCAGUCACAAGGACGCAUCAUGGAUCAAGAUCCCUCUGAGGUCCGCUCUCGCUUCCUCAACGUGUAG